UUCAUGCGCCGCAAUUCUUUGAUGCCCAAGCCUCCGUCGUCUUUGGGCUUACACACUUCACGCCAUGCAACCAAAUGGAUUUUCCUUCUCUUGAUAGAACCACCCCAUACGAAGGACCGACUACGGCGCUCCAAACCUUCUGUAAGUGAGCUCGGCAACAGGACUGAUUGCAUAGCAAAAUUUGGUAUCGAGUUUAACACGGACUGGGUGAGGGUAACCCGCCCUGCGAGAGAAAGGGUUUUCAUGCGCCAUCCGUUUAAACGUGCUUCCACUUUGUCCACUAGAUGCGAGAAAGUGGUGGAGUUUAUCCGGCCAUGGAUUACAGGAACACCAAGGUACUUUCCCAUAUUAUCCGUCCAUUUGAAGUGGAGGGCUCUCGCCAAACGAUGCUGGCUGUCAAGUGCGACAUUCUUGGAGAAAAAGACUUGGGUCUUGGUCGUGCUGACUUUGAGUCCCGAUAUGCGGCAAAAGAAGUCAAGGAUCUGCUUAAGGACUCAAGCUUGCUCAUCUGAGGCCUCCAUGAAGAGAAGAAGGUCGUCGGCGAACAUUAAGAAAGGGACGGCAACGACUCCUCGGCCAACGGAUAUCAGCUUCCAAUUUUUCUCUGCCACUGCUUUAUGCCAUGGUAAUCGAGUCGUCGAAGGGUUUGAUCACUACCACGUUCUGCCAUUCCUUGCUGAUCCGGUCAAAGAAUCGCUGGGCAAUAGUAGUUUCCGGGGUCAGAUUAGAGAGAUCGACCGAUAUGUCGUCCGUCUCGUCCGUAUCUGCUUCAUCAUUCUCGUCACUCAUGUCCACAUGAGAUUU